AUGCGUCGCGACAUCGCCGUCGCUGUUGCGUCAAUGCGACGUAUUCAUUCUAUAACGAAGGUUGUACGCCGAGCCCCGUCCUUUCGCAGAAGCAUUUCUCCAACAAAGCCUUACCUUCUCUUCGUCCGUGGCGGCGGGCAUUCACCCGAGGUACGGAAUACUGUUCGACAAUGUCUCCGAUCUUCCAGCUACCGGAGCACCGUCGUGGCACGCCCCUCCGUCGGCAGAGCCACGUACGACUUCACGGAAGAUGUCGACGCCAUCUACUCCGCCGCCCAAGGCAUCUGCGACAGCGGUGAAGACAUCAUUCUCGUCCUCUGGUCCUUCAGCGGCGUGACGGGCUGCGAAGCGGUCAAAGCUCUUACCCGAGCUGACCGCGGUGCAAUCAGAGGCGCCAUCGUCCGCAACGUAAUCAUCGCAGGCUGCAUCUUACCCAAGGGCUUUCAGUUCGUGCAGCGCAACGACUGGGAUGGCUUCAUGGAGUUCAUGAAGCCGGGCAGCGAUCCCGAGUCAGGACUGUGCACGGUCUCGCCGGACAUGGCGAAGCGGGUCUUCUACAAUGACAUGUCAGAUGCUGAUGCAGAUGCGUGGGCCGCGAAAGUCAAGCCAUGAGGCUUAGGCUGUUCGUUCAACGGGAUCACCUAUGUUGGACGGCGAGACGUGCCGACGACUUUUAUGUUUCGUACACGGCAUCGGCCCUUGAGUAUGGACCAGCAGGAAGGAAUGGUUGAGAUGGCGAAGGUGAGUAAGGAUGCGGGUUGCGCGCUGAAUAGUGGAGAGAAACUUGAUGCUGGACACGUUUCCGUGCUGGGUCAACAGGGUGAGCUCACGGAGAUGUUGUUAAGAGCCGCAGAGAAGGCGGCGGGUGAUUACGCUCAGUUUUACAGGUACGCAAUCAAGGGUAUCAAGUGGUGACGAUGCUUGCGUUUGAUGUAAGCUCGUUGGGCACUCAAAACGCGAUACCUCUAUGGCAUCCAUUGCGCCAGCAUGCGUGGCACAGUACACAGUCUUCCUCGAGGU